UUGUCAGGUAAAAAAUUGAAAUUUAUAUUUUUUAUCGCGGUCGAACGUCAAUAAAUUAAUAUUUUAGGUAUUGAUUUUACAAGAAAGGCGAGCUUUCAAAAUGAAAAUAAUAAUAAUUAAAAUGAGUUAAAUCUGAAGCCUGAGAGUGUUCGGCAAUAAGUCUACUGUGAUGGUCUUUGUCUUCUUUUUAUAAAUUUAGCAAUUUUCCAAGUGCAUACUAGGUUAUUAUACGUUAUUAUUAUGUUUUCUAAUAAGUAUACAAAAUUAUCAUAUGUAGUGCUCUUUACUGCUUUGUUUUUUUCGUUUUUAGGGGAAGUUUCUCCUGGAGCUAAUGAUUUGCACUUUCACGAUGGUUCAACAUCAGCCGACGUUAUCGGGGGUGAUGUGUUUUUUGAAAUCUUAGAGCCUCCUGAAUUGAGAUACUCUUAUCGUAUAAGACCUGCCAAAGACUUUGGUGGCACAUUUAAUUCGACCUUCCGCAUGGAAAAAGCAAGACUUGUCCCAACAGAUCCUAUUAAUAGUUGUUCUGAUAUUUCAAACUCUGAAGAGGUUGAUGGUAAUAUUGCACUCGCAGAAAGGGGGGAUUGUUCAUUUGUGUUCAAAACAGCUGUAGCUCAAAUUGCGGGAGCGAGGGCCAUCAUUAUCACUGAAUCCAUUCACCGAUGGGAUGACUCAUUGGAUCAUUUAAUAGAAAUGGUGGAUGAUAACAGAAUGCAGAUAGAUGUGAAUAUCCCAUCCGCUUUCUUAUUGGGAAGAAAUGGAGCCACAAUCAUUAGAACCCUCAAGAAAUUACAUUUGCAAUAUGCAGUUAUAAAUAUUCCAGUGAAUAUGACAUAUAUCCCUAUCAAUAAAAUGAAUCAACCUCCUUGGAUUACUUGGUAAAAAGUACAGUAUUGUAAUACAUUUUUAAAUAUACUGUAUAGUGUAUACAUAGUAAACUCUUAUGUAAUAUUUAUUAAAAUUCUGGUACAAAAUAAUUGAUUUACUACUACAGUAGAAAAAGGCUAAAAAAAUUGCGUUUGAACUUGCCCUUAAGAAAAUAGACUAAUACAACAAUACGUAUUUUGUACAUAAAUGUCUGAAUCAAACUGUUACUACCCAUGUGUAAAAAUGAACCUUAUUGCAAAUUAUAAUUAUAUUACAGCAACAGAGAGUAGAGAGAAGUCAAUAAUAAUGCUCAUUAGAAUAUAAUCUUUAGGUAUUCAUUAAAAACAUAGCUCUACCAAUUCUUUUUUUUUAGUUAUGUACAAGGUACAAGGAAGGUUCAUAUGAAAAAAAAGUCGUAAAAGGGCCAAUAGGGCAGAGGUAGAACAGCAUCUGCCAGGGCAACUAGAAAGUUAUAAUUGAAAUAUCGGGAAACUUCAAAAAAAUUGGUGACCCAUCCAAUUUAUUACCUUUCUAACCGUUGCUUACGAAUACUGUACUAUUUAAAGGACAUGUCGCAGUUCAGUCUAUAUAGUACUCUACUAUAGUUAUAGUAAAUCAUAGUUUUGAAUACUCAAUCUGUUUUUAUGUUUUAAAUUGUGCAACCAACCAACUUAGUUAUGUAUGUGAAAAUUCAUUCAAAUUCAAAUAAUUUAUUGUGUGUAUCAUUUGACCAAAAAACUAAAAUGAUCAACCAUACUGAUUGAAUGUAGCAAGCCAAAAUAUUCAUAGUUUGUAGGAGUUGAUAUACCUGCUUACUGCAAUUAUUUAUUUCCUUAAAUAAAAUGUCAGGAUUGUAAUUUCUACCGUGGUACAUUAUCACGAUUAUUGUAUGUUAUCGAAUUGUAACAAAAUCGCUAAAUCGAAACAUAUUUUCGGCUCAAUAAUUAUUUAAAUCAAUUAUUUAUACACUAGUUAAAUGCAUGUAGAUUAAACAAAUGACACUAGGCUGCAAUAUACAGGUGUCCCACUAUUACAGGUGUCCCACUUUUACUAAGCGCGAAGGGCCUUGUAGUUUUGCAUACACUGAUCACGUAA